AUGGAGGUGUCCAUUAUAAUCCAGGCUUUUGGCCAUGAGAUGAGCUGCAACCUCCAUUUGGAGCAUGGGCUCCAGCAACUGAACGUACUGUCGCAUGUGGUUCUGCUUCAGAUGUACAUUUGCCACCUGGCGGAUGCUUGCCGUGCUGCAGAGCUGGACAAGCUCAAGCAGAAGAAGCUCUCCCUCGAGGCAAUGCAGCGUGAGGCCGUAGAGAGGUAUCACGAGUCGGGGCCACCUUCCCGUACGAUGCCAGGCUCCGAGUGCGCUGAUAAGCCUGGCAAAAAAGCGUCCGUGAAUUUCACUUGCGGUGUCGACGAGGACUGCGGCGGCCUUCUCCCAAUCUGCAAACUGGAGACUGGAGGCCUGGAGCAAGCGGGCACAGACGUGAGCAGCCCAGGGGAGAACUCGCCAAGCGAUGCCUCGGACUCACCGCCCUCAGAGACCAGGGCGCGCUCAGACAGCGGCUUGGGCAAGCAGACUCCGUCCCGGCAGUCUUUCGUAAUCCCGCGCAUGAGUCGUCCAAGGGCCCGAAGCCGAUCGAAGGCUUUCUCAGUUUCCCCCGAGUCUCAUAUCCGACACUUCCGGGAUUGGGGAUUCCCUCCAUUUCCGCAAGAGGGCGAUGCGUCCGAUUCCAACUAG